UGCCAAUUGUGGAGUCGAGUCCCUUCGGUCCUUAUCAGUUUCAUUUCCUUCGCAAUAAUAAGAACAGCAAAAGAACACCCAAAAUCCAAACCAUUUUUGUUAAUUCCAUCCCUUUUUCCACAUUCUAAUAUACUUCAACUUCAACUUCAACUUCCCCACAUAAAAAAGUAGACGACAGAUCGUAUUUCGCGACUCUGGGAGUUACUUCACAACCAUUUUCGUCUCUUUUUCCUGCCUCCGAUUCCUUUCUCUCACUUGUUUUCUUCGAAUCUCACACCAUUUCCCCUUGUUUUUCUCUCUUAUCUUCUUUUUUCUUCUUUGCGACGCUUCCCAUCUCUUUGAAUUUCCCAUUUCGAUGAAAUCAGUUCGAUUCGAAGGGCUGUAAUGGAUUAAGCUAUUGGAUUGACAAUUGGGAAGCAAAAAGGAGGAGAUGAAAGGGGAGUCAUCUGGGUUGAUUAUUGGGAUUUCAAUAGGAGUUGUGAUUGGUGUGCUUUUGGCGAUUUUGGCUCUCUUUUGCUUUCGGUAUCAGCGGAAACGUUCACAGAUAGGAAAUAGCAGUUCCCGGAGGGCGACGACGAUUCCUAUCCGGGUCAAUGGUGCUGAUUCGUGCACUAUACUAUCAGACUCAACCUUAGCUCCAGAGUCUCCUGUUAAAUCUGGCCAUAAUGGCAUGUCUCACUGGCUUGAUGGAUUGAGGAAAAGUAAUGUUGUAGCAGCUUCUGGGAUACUUGAGUAUUCUUACAGGGAUCUGCAAAAAGCUACAUCCAAUUUCACGACUGUAAUAGGACAAGGAGCGUUCGGUCCUGUUUAUAGAGCUCAAAUGGCUAGUGGUGAAACGGUUGCGGUUAAGGUGCUUGCAACUGAUUCCAAACAAGGGGAGAAGGAGUUCCAAACAGAGGUUAUACUACUCGGAAGGUUGCAUCAUAGGAACCUCGUAAAUUUGGUUGGAUACUGUGCCGAAAAAAACCAACACAUACUUGUAUACGUAUAUAUGAGCAAAGGAAGCUUGGCUUCUCACUUAUACGGGGGGAAGAACGAACCACUGAGCUGGGAACUGCGGGUUCGUGUGGCAUUAGAUGUUGCACGGGGACUGGAAUAUCUCCAUGAUGGUGCAGUUCCACCAGUAAUACACCGUGAUAUCAAGUCUGCAAAUAUUUUGUUGGAUGAUUCCAUGAGAGCUAGGGUUGCCGAUUUCGGGCUUUCUAGAGAAGAGAUGGUCGAUAAACAUGUAUCCAAUAUUCGUGGAACUUUUGGGUACCUAGAUCCUGAAUAUAUAUCUACAAGAAAAUUCACUAAGAAAAGCGACGUUUACAGCUUUGGAGUAUUGCUGUUCGAGCUUAUAGCUGGCAGAAACCCGCAGCAAGGCCUUAUGGAGUAUGUUGAACUUGCAGCCAUGACUUCAGAUGGGAAAGUUGGGUGGGAAGAAAUCAUGGACGACCGUUUAGAUGGAAACUUUAAUAUACAAGAGCUGAAUGAAGUUGCAGCUCUAGCAUAUAGGUGUGUCAACCGUAGCCCCCGAAAACGACCUACCAUGAGAGACACCGUACAAGUGAUCUCACGUAUUAUUAACCUGAGGCUCGAGCACAAGCACCAUAGAAAAUCUCUGUCAGCCACGACAGAUGAAGUAACUGUCGAUAUCGACCACGUCUCCGAGCACUUUAGAAAGGAUUCAAUGGACAGUGCUUCUGAUACCAAUGAACUUUAGGCCAUAGCUUCCCUUUUUGGUGGUUUUUCUCUUGAUUGUUUGUCUUGUAGUUCAUAUUCUCUUUGAUCUUGUGUAUGAUAGUUGAUUCUUUCACUCUUUUAAUGACUGAAAUUUUGUACAUUACUGAAUAUAGAAAACUUUGUAAAGUUUCUUCACUGUAAUGACCCACAAUUGUUACAAGAACUCUCCUUGAGUAGUUUGUGAAUGAAAAUAUCGAAAUAUUAUUACGACCUUA